CACAUCGGCCAGCCUUGGCAAAGAUAGUUGUUGAAGGUUCUAUAGCCUUCAGUUUUGCUCUUCUAAUUGGAAUGAGUCUGUGGUGUUUCCUGAAUUCAAAAAAGAAGAAGCUGAAAAAACUUGGCCCUAUGAUCAAGAGAUAUGCCAAAAAAAAUUACUUUUUGAGACAAAUCCAGAAAGAAAAGGAGGCAGCCCGGGAAAUGCAAAAGCAAGAUCAAUUGGAAGCCAAAGAAUUUGAUGAAAAGGGUCACGAAGAUGAAGAAGAUGAGCAGGAAGAACAACCUGCUAUGAAAGGAAAAGGAAAGAAAGAGAAGAAAGGGGGGAAGAAUGCAAUUAAAAAGAAACUGGGAAAGAUUAAGAAAAUAGCAGAACACAAGACAGUACAGAAGGGUCUUGGGAAGAUUAAGAAGGCAGCUAAAUCAAAAGCUGUUCAAAAACAGGUUGGUAAAAUUAAAAAGGUGGCAAAAUCAAAGGCAGUUCAAAAGCACAUUGGUAAAAUUAAGAAAGCAGCAAAAUCAAAGGCAGUUCAAAAGCAGGUUGGUAAAAUUAAGAAGGUGGCAAAAUCAAAGGCUAUUCAAAAGCACGUUGGUAAAAUGAAGAAGGUAGCGAAUAAAAAAGCAAUAAAAAAGAACCUUGGUAUGAUUAAGGAAAUUCAUGGGAAGGUUCACAAGAAGGUAAAGAAUCAUGUGAAGGAGAAAUUGGGAGGAAAGGCCUCCAAGAAAAAGAAAAAAGGAGAAGAUGCAAAGAAUAAGAAGAGCUUGCACAAAAAAGGACAGAAUGAGAAAGAUGAAUCUGACUAA